AUGUCGCACAUCGACCCAUUCCAUAUCGAAGUCUGGUUGAAGGAAGCGGAAAAGUCAUUCAAGCACGAUUUGGCGGCUUCCUGCAACACGCUCAGCCUAGCUCAGCUGGUAGAGCAUUCCACAGAUAAAGGGCUCGCAAAGCCGUGGGAGGAUAUCAAUGUCGGCCUCGAUUACGGCUAUAUGGAUGGAAGUCCCGAUCUGAAAAGAACUAUUGCGGGUAUCUAUGAGAAGGAACUCAAGCGGAAGUUCUCGCCAGAUGGUAUCAUCCCAUCUAUCGGAGCGAUAGGUGCCAACUAUGCUUUCCUUUACGCUCACGUAAAGCCGGGUGAUCACGUCAUCUGCCAGUACCCUACAUGGCAACAACUAUACUCGGUUCCGAAAUCUCUGGGGGCCGAGGUCGCUUUGUGGAAGACUAGUAUGGAGAAUGGAUGGCAGCUCAAUCCGGAAUCUCUGGAGAGCAUGAUCAAGCCGAACACGAGGAUGAUCAUCCUGAACAACCCACAGAAUCCCACCGGGGCGGUCUUGGCACAAAAGUCGCUUCAGGUCGUGGUAGAUAUCGCCAAGAAACAUGAUCUCUACAUCUUAUGCGACGAAGUGUUUCGUUCUCUGGUCCACGGACUGGGACCGUCAGAGCUACCGCCCUCUAUUCUCUCCUUCGAUUACCCCAAGUCCGCAGCGAUCAGCUCCAUGUCAAAAGCUUAUUCUCUCGCCGGAGUCAGGGUUGGGUGGAUCGCGACGGAGAACCCAGAGAUCAUCAAGGCGUGUUACUCUGCUAGAGACUAUACCACCGUCUGCGUCUCCAAAAUAUGCGAGGGUAUCACGGAGUAUGCGUUGAACCCUUCGGUCGGGCCGAACGUCGUCCAGUCGAACAUCGACACCGCUAGGAUCAACCUGGGUCAUCUCCGAGCUUUCGUCGACAAGCACAAGGAUAUCUGUUCUUGGGUCGAGCCGAAAGCCAGCAGUACGGCGUUCGUCCUCUUCAAGACCAAAGCUGGCGAACCGGUCGACGAUGCGGCGUUUUGCAAGCGGUUGCAGGAUGAGACCGGGGUGAUGCUCGUCCCCGGAGGAUAUGCCUUUGGGGAAGACUACAAGGGCUUCGUCAGGAUCGGAUAUAUCGGGGAGACCGAGGCGUUCUUGAGAGGUCUCAAGGCGUGGGACGAAUGGUUGGAUGUAUGGAAGGCCGAACAGUAA